GCGUUCGAUAUGGAAAGAAAUAACAACGGGCUGGAUCGAUUACCAAUUUAGUUUGGGGACUUAAGUGUUACAUGGAUAUGCUAAUAGGUCAAAAUGCCCACCGUUAGCGCUCUACACUUCUGGAUACUCAGAGUGUCUCCUGGCGUUGGAGAGUGAACUUGUCAGAUCUCAGUUCAAGGAAGACAGUUACAUAGAAUCAAGUGAUUUCCGUUAUUUUGUUGGGCUUACAACUCUAUAUGUGUUUGUGCUACCGUUUGUAUUUAGCUACACAGUGUACUACUGUGUGUGUGUGUGUCGGAGUUCAAGCUGUUAUAGUUGAGCAUAUUGCCUACUAGUAGGUCUAUACCGCUUAUAUAUCAGACCCCCGCUGGAACAGUUGAGAGUAUAUUUUUCUGAACCUUGUCAAUAUUUUAAAAGAAAUGGAUUUACAAACCUAUUAUAAGUUUCUUUGAUAAAAGAACAUUAUUGGAAACCAAGUUCCUCCUUGAGACUUUAUGCACUUCAAAUUCAAAAUGGGCAUUCAUAUAAUAGUCCAGAAGUUCAAAGGUCACGGCGCAGGGAUCGAAGGCAAUGACAGUGUAACAUUGGUCUAACGCUAGAUCUAGUCGAAGAUGAGAAAAGUAAAGGGCUUAUCUUUCUCCAAACAAUUGGAGCGCCAUCUCCAGGUGCCCCACACUGACCUGCACAUAGCAGACAGGAAGCCCAAGUACGAAGGAAUCAGUUUGUCCUUUAUGACGUUGUCCGGUCUGGAGCAGCAUGUGAGAGAUCGUUCAGCCCUGUUAGGCCAGGUGGAAGAUUCAGAAGUGCAGUAUCAGCUCUUAGUGAGUUUGUUUGAUGUGACAUACAAACAGUUUUAUGGCCGGCAAUGGAAGGGACCAAUUGUUGCAGCCAAAGGAACCAAAGUACAAUACAAUAAAAGUGUGUUCUUUCACACUUGCAUCAACAAUCCCAACAUAUUGGCUGUUUUUGAAGUUGUGGCUCAUGAAGUGGACCAGAAUGGACAUUCACAGGCUGUUUCUUGUGGGUGGACAUUUGUCCGCCUUUUCAGCAUGGAGGGUGACAUGCCAGAUUCCUCUCGUGGAGUCCAGCCUCAAACACAGAGACUCUCUCUGUACCAUGGAACUCCUCGAGCUUUGUUCUUUAUGGAGGAUCCGAUUGAGAAUAAUACAUUUCUGAAGACCAUGGAAGCAAGCCAAUUAAGCUGUUCAGUUCAGCAACAAAAAUCUUUGUUAGGCAUUAUGCAUCUGUUACCUCAGAACACUUUAGUGGACUCUAAAGAUAUCAUACCAGGCUUAAUAGAUGUCUCAAAUUCUGACAAAUUUAAGACCCCAACUUUAGCGAAUCAAAUCUCCAUUGUCGUUGAUGGUCUUCAUAUUCGUCUGCACCCAAAUGUUGAGAAGUUUGAAACAGAAUUGUGUGAACUGUUGCAGGAAGAUAAGUUACAAAAAGAAGCAACUCAGAUCACUAUCAUGGAGAGAAGGCUCCACGUGGGUGUACACAAUGGUUGGUGUUACAUUGAUAAGCCUAGCGUGUUCCAUUUAGAGAAAUCAACAGGUUUAGGAAACGACAACAGGAAGCCUUCUCAAAGUCCUACAGCCAGGCGAAGUAGUCACUUUCAAGUCAGGCGAAACAGUGCAGGCUCAUCAAGCCUUGGUUCCACUGGAAACUCUUUCCUGGUCUUGAAGAAUAAAAUUGAAAUCCAUGAGCUUAUAGAGGACCCAAGUUGUGCUGUUGUCUUUACAAUAGAGUAUGUUAUUGGAGAACCGUUGUCAGCUCAAGACAGGAAGCAAACACACAGUCUGACCCGUGCCUUUACCCGCUCUGUCAAUGUCCGCUGGGCAGCCUGGACACCACUGCAGCAGUCCAACUCACAGGAUGUCACCUUAGCUCUGGUAGGAGGACCAGUUCGCUCCCCUGAUGAUGCCUUUGUGUAUAAGGUCCCUGCCACUAGCAUGCAAGAUGAGAUGACAGCUGUUGCAUCCGGUGGUCUCCUGGCCUUCAGAUGGGCUAAAGAUGGGGAGACUAUCAGCCCAGGUCCAUUGACUCUUGCUGUACCAAAUUACCCAGCCAUUGGUUCCUCACUAUCACUCCGCACUGAGGCUAGUGAUAUGAUGUAUGAAAGUCAUGGUUCAGGAGAUCUUCAUAGAAAACCUCCAGCCUGGAAACACAGCUGUGUACCUGGCUACUGUGACCAUUGCCAUCACCACGUGCUAUUUGCCAGCUCCAGCAGCCUCUCUUUUCCAAGCUCAUCAACUGAACUGUUACAUUCCAAACAACCAAAUGUUGCCACUCAAAUGGCUGCUCCCACCAGUGCCUUGAAUGCUGCCCCUGGAUCUGUCUAUGUCCUCCCUCAGUACACAUAUCAAGCUCCACCCAUAACAGCUGCUCAACAGCAAAUGAUGUCCAUGGCUAAUGCUUACCCAUAUAUGUAUACACCACCCAGUGGCCUUCAACCUAUUGACAUUAUGCACAGACAAGAGACAUCAGCAUCAACUGAGCUAAGAGACCUCCCUUUCACUCCUGUCCAUGCUUUAGUGCUUGCUCAAACUCCACAGCCAAAAGGGGGAAGAGGACUCUCAAGAGCUGCUUAUGCACGAUUAUAUGCUGCUGGAUUUCCUCAAUUACUUGACCGUAAUGGUGAAGCACCUGAGGUGAUUGACCCGCAUGGACAGUACAUUGUGAACUUGUCAAAGGAGCUAAUGGACCCGCUGCAGGCCAAUGAAAUUAUAUUUCAGUUCUUGGCCUACACCAGGGAGCCACUGACUGACCAUUCCACGGCAGACAGCUCUGUCCAACCAGCUACUGUUUACUUCACAUUUCAGUUUUACCGUUUCCCACAAGUCACCACAGAGAGAAUGCUGUUGUCAAAAGCCCAAAAUGAUUUGUCCUCGCACCCAUCAGCUGUUCCUUUUGUCCUGCAAAGGUUAAAUCCUGAUGGUUCAAUAAUGGAAGGCCCACCUGGUCUAGAGGUGAAAUACCCAAUAGAUCCCACUUACUUAAAACCAGGGGAGGUAAGCCUAUUUUGGCAGCAUCUAUCACGCCAGACCAUGCACAUUGACAUAUGGGAUGGUGAUUCCUUGCUUCUGAUUGGUUCAGCUGCUGUGGAGCUUAAGUAUUUGUUUCGUGGAGGUAAUGAGGCGGUGCAGACAACUUUUGAACUGGAUGUCUUAGCCACUGAGUACCAAGAGGAUUCUGGAGCCUUGACAGGAGAAAUGGUUAGAGGAGGAAGCAUUCGACCUGUUGGGGUCAACUGUUUGAACCGAGGCCGUUUACAUUUCAGGAUGGCCAAUAUUGGAUAUAAUGUGGAUAAAAAGAAAACUGAGCUUUUGGCUGUUCCAAGCAAGACCCAAGUAGUAGUUUCACAGACGGCAGGCAACUCAGCAUACAAAGGCGGUAGUCUGACAACAGUUAUACCCAGUGCAGGUACUAAGAAAGUUCGAGUGGCCAAAGCUAAACAUUUGUCUGAGAACAGAGAAGUUGCCUCAUUGUUGUUUUCUGAACAGAAGAGACUAGAUGGUACAACAAUCAAUGAUGAUGAUGAAAUCAUGGCCAGAGAAGGGGAUGCAGAGAGGCUGAGAAAGUUGGCACGUCUUCAGGCCGUUAAGAAUAAAACUGCUAAAGAGGAGAGCAAUAACGGCAUCACAACAAUUAUUGGUUACAGACAAGAAAAAACUGAACGUGCCAGAGACUACAAAACUAUGGACAUAUACAGAAAUCAGACCAAACACGAUGGCAUUAUAAGCAUGCUAAGCACCUCUAUCACUACAGAACACAUUCUCUUCCCUUCAUUUGGCACCACAGAGUUCUUUGAAUUUGUCCUGAGGAAUCCAUUUAAUAAUGAGCAGACGCUGACCAUUGAGAUCAAUGACCCAGAUCUUUUCCUUGUAACAGAUGCGAGAGAGUGGAGGCACUACAAACAGCUGUUCCAGUUGACCACACCCAUUGAAGAGAACAUGUUCACGUCUGCCAGCAGUGACCAGAGCAAGCCCCAGAUUUUUCUCAGACCUAAAGAGCAAGUGUACAUUCCUCUCAAGUUUUUGACUUUGAAGGCUGACAUGUCCAUUCAGGCUCAGGGUCCUUCAAAUCCAUUCAAUAAAACUACACGACAAACUGAAAUGGAAAAAUCUCUGGAGUCUAGAAUGACCAAAGUGACAUUCAGGUCAGAAGAAGGUAAAGCUGUGGCCAUUCUGAUUGUACGCAUUGAGCCACAGCCACAUGUGGUUGACCAGACUUUCAGAUUCCAUCAUCCUGAAAACUCUUUUCUGAAAAAAUCUAUCAGGCUUCCUCCAUAUCAAACACUUCCAGGUGUUCCUAUUGGUGGUGUUGGCAUCAAUCAAGUUUACGUUCGAUGUAGUGAUCCUAAUGUUAUAAUAGAUUGCAAACCUACACAACCUGGUGAACCUCAUGACAUUUUCUUGAAGGUUGCUGUGGGUGCCUCACCUCAAAUCAAACGUUUCUUUUUAUGUGCCUAUAUUGAUCCAUUCCUGUCCCGUCCAGCCCAGAUUUGGCAGUGCUAUGUUCAUGCGCUGCAGAGAGUUGAUGUGACUUGUGUUGAAGGGCAGACUUCACGCAUAGCACUUCUAUUGAAGGGUACCCAAGCAUCAAGAGUUGUGAAAUGUUUUACAUCACAUCCUCAAGAGCUUGUUGUUUCUCCACAAGAUCCCUUUAUCUUGGCAGCAGGAACAGUCCAUGAGCUGGCCAUAGGGGUCAGGCCCAUGCGGACAGGCAGCAAGUUUUUUUACGUCAACGUUGUGGACAUUGAGUACCACCAGCUGGUCAGGUCCUGGCUGGUCUGUGCCAACUGCCGUUCUCCCAUAGUCUCCAGGGCCUUUGAGCUGGUUCUUCCUGUGGGAGGUGGUAAGAACAGCAGCAAGCGCAUCACCUACACCAACCCUUACCCUGUGAUGAAGAGAUUCAGGUUGCUGUGUGACAGGAAUGACCUCCUCCAGUUUAAAGAGUCCCUGCUGGAGAUAGAAGGUGGAGGCACCCAUCCUAUUGGUCUCAAGUUUUUGCCUGUCAUGCAGCCGGGUGCAGCAGAAAUUAUGGUCUUCAUCAACGAUGAGGAAGAUAAAAAUGAAGAAACAUUCAGGGUAUCUGUAACAUACAAGUUUAUGUGAUUAAACAUCCACCAUCUUUCACGUGUGCAGCUUACAAGUUUGUGUUAUUCAACCACACCUGUCUUUUUUUUUUUUUCUUUUUUACAAAUAAUAAAAAAAAAGCAGGUAGAUGUCAUUAAAUAAAACUUUACAGCUUUGUCCUUAAUCUUCGGAAUGGAAGACAUUGCCAUAUUAACUGAGUGAAUAGCCCAUUCAAUGUAAUAACUGUUGAGUUGUUUAACAAAGCAAAAUGAUGAAAUUCUUUCAUCUCUUUUAGUAUGCAGACUCUGUUGACUAAUUUAAGAACAAAUAAUUUCAAUCCAAAUCUGGUUGAAUCUCCAAACUUCAACACUUACGCUGACCAAUCCAAUCAAAUCCUUUCUGAUAGAUUUUUUCCCUUUUCAUUUCAUUUCUUGUAAUGACAUUCAGUCUUGACUAAACAAUGGCUUUACUCAAAGCAUCAUCUCAGUCUCAGUCUUGGAGGUUGUAGAGCUUGGCUGAGACUGUUUAGAAGUACUUUCAGGUGACAAGAAACUUUUAUAUUAAAUUAAUAAUGAGUUGUUUUUUUUAAACAAAAAAUAUAUAUAAAACUUUUCAUAGCAAUUUAUAUCAAAGUGAAAUAUUUAAUUUAUGUUGGUAAUAAUUAACAUAAUAUGAAUUUUUUUGUCAAAACAUUUCUUGAUAUAUGUAGUAUUGAGUUUUGUACAUAUCAUUACUAAUCUCUGAAAAUUUUGUACACAAAAUAGUAUUUGUGUGUAUUAUACGUGAUUAUUAUUGAUAUUGAAGACUAUUUAUAAAUAAAAUUAGAAUUAUGUAUAUUAUAGAAUUUAAAAUCUUUGUAUGAAAAGUUAGUUUUGCUAAUGUAUUGGUGCCUCAGAGCUGCUCUAAAAAGUGCUAAGUAGUUUUACAUGAUAGUCAUGUGUUAAUCUCAGGUUCUAUCAAGUUAAUUUGUAAGUGCUCUUUGUUCUAGCAUUUCUAGGACAUGAUCUGCCUUGUUGGGAUGCCCUGCUACCUUUGCAUAUUGUUGAUAGUUCUUUUUACACUAAGAUGAUUUUCAUAAGUAGAGCUUAUUUUGUCUGAUUCUAGCUUUUUAAAAAUUUUUACAAAGCUAAUAUCAACUGAAUCUGUUUGUCUGUAAGGUAAAAAACUUUAUACAUAUUAAUUCUGUCACACCCAUUCUCUGAUCAAAUUGAACCUUUGCACAAUUAUUCAUUUGCAUACAUAAGGCAUGAAUCAAUAACAAGUAAAAUAUUUUUUUUUUAAAAAAGCAAAGCUUAAAUUAAGUGUAUCAAUUAGUUUGGAUCAGUCAUGUAUAUAAAUUUGUAAUAAGACUCAAAUGACAAUCUAUAAAGGGGACUAAUUCAGCUUAUAGCACAACUUCAGUCAAGUACUAUUUCUUUCCGUUGGAAAGGGACUAAUUCAGCUUAUACCACCACCACUACUAUUUCUUUCCCUUGUUUGAGAUACCAAACAAAGUAAUUUACCAAUAAUUAAUUAGCAAAUUUGUUAUUUUUUAAAAUUGAUUCUUGUGUUGUCAGGUAAAGAAACAAUUGUGCAAAUUUUCAGCUUGAUCUGGGAUUUAGUACAUGAGAAAUAACAUGUUCAAACAAGACAGAUAAGUCAGACAGACAGAGUGAGUUGAUCUGAGCUUUGUAAAAAAAAUAACCAGUUAGUCAAAUAAUCAUUGUUGGUAAUUAAUUAUUUUGUUUCAUACCAACUGGGAAAUUAAACUUCAAUAUUCACAGAUGUGAGUAAAUUUGUAGGGUUUUGUCCCCUUCAAUAGAUAAUUGAACAUUAUUUCUGCCAAACCCAUUAUCAGAUUAAGUUAAAACCUUAAACAUUCAUUUAUUGUACCUGACAAAACUUGAAUCAAUAAAAAAAAAUUAUCAAUUAAUUAUUGGUAAUUAAUUAUUUUGUUUGGCUUAGAAUGAGGUAAAUAACUUCUACAUUAUUGAGUAAUAUGGUUGUAAGUUCAGAGUUCUUACCCUUAAAUAAGCUUAAAUUUUUUUUUUUAAAGGAUUUGUUAAGUUUAUGUUUUGUACUACCCCAGAGCAUCUGGUUACAGACUAGAAAGUAUUGAUAAGCUAUUUAGUUUGAAAAAAGUAUAUAGUUAUUUUUGUGCUUUUUAUUUGCACCACAGAAUCAAAUUUCUAGGCUCUUUCCUUAGUAACAAUUUAUAAUUUUUAUUGCAUAAUUGUUAUUAGUUAGUUAACAAGAGUAAUAUUUAAUAUAGCGUCCUAGACAUUUUUUUAUUGUGUCUCUAUUUUACAAUUUUUUAUAAGUUUUUUUUUACGUUCCGUUAUCACUUCAUAUCAGGAUGGCUGCCUGGUCGUGAGGUUUGCGCACUGGACUGUCGUUCGGAUUUGUCAAGGGUUCAAACUCUGCCCGCUCCCAUCCCCUGUCGUCCUGCGGGAGGUUUGGACUAGGAAGUAAACUAUCUUCAACUCUGAAGGAACAUCCGAAACAUGUAAAACAUUUUACAACCAACACUGUUCUCCAAAUUGCUUUCUCUUCUUUUUCUCUGUCUGUAUGUUAUAGCUUAAAGGAAUGUCAGUAAUGUAAACUGGAUUUAAAAAAUCAAAAUGUAAAACUAAAAAAAAAAUUACUAUGAUGAGGUUAACUUUGAAAAUCCCAUAGGGCUACAUUUCUCAUUCUGUGGGGUGUGCCUCUCCAGAGGGAUGGGGGGGGGGGAGGGCUACUGCUGAUAAGGUAGCGGGCCUCGAAUGUGGUCAAUUUAUUUUUUUACAGACAAAAAUCUAUAUUUGAAUAUUGAUCAAAUAAAAUAAAUUUAAUAUCUAAUGCCAUCUCCUAGUUGUGCCAUAGUUAGAAGAUUCAGAAUCACUGUCAACGUUGGUGAUUUGUGAUUAUAAGAGUACGAGUGAAAGUGAUUCUAGGGUUUUCUUUUUAUGAGGUGACAGUAUAAAAAUGUUAAAUAAGUAAUAAGGUAUCAUUUUCAGUGGAGACGUCUGCAUCAAGAUUUACUGAAAGAGCUCAUUACAGACCAGGUUUCAAUACCACUUAUCCAACGUGAUUCUACCCAUCUUUCUCAUAGCAGAACAGUCAAAUUUCUUUCUAGUACACAUAUCUCUCAUUGUAAACAUUUUGUUGAUGUCCUAUGUGUAAUCAAAGAGAACUCGCUACAUGAAGUGUUUUGAGGACGAGUAAGAUUUUACAACGGUCAAUCACCUAAUGAAUCCGAACCAAACGUACGGGCGCUGCAUUUGUCAAGCACCUGACCAGUCCCACCCCUGUUCUGUUUUCUAUAUUUAUUUAAUGCUUUUUCACCAAUGCAAGGAAAAUGCGUUUAUGAAUCUCAGAAUGCAGGGCGCUUGAGGACCUUUCCGUAUCUCUGAAUGGCUGGGAAGGAAGGUGCGAUUAUUUUAUUUUUACUUUCAUACCAUUGAUACACCGCCCUAUAGCAAAGAAUGACUAUCGUGUGUAUUCCUUAUGAUUUGGAAUAAUUAUCUCUUUUUAAACAAUAGGUAUGUGAUAAAAUAGGUAUAUUUAUGUAAAUUAAGAUAUGGAAAAUAAUGAAAGAAAUAAUAAAAAUGUGUCAUCUACGUUUCAUUUUAAUUCCUCAUAAUAAAAAUAAAUUGUUGUCUGAGGUACUAAGCUCAGUUUCAUUAUCCGAUAUACACCCUUGUAAGUCUGGACAAUGUUUUUUUUUUUUUUUUUUAAUUAUUUCCCUUACACUUUUUUUUUUCCACACUUAAUUUUUUUUUUUUUUUUCACCUGAAAUAAUUGUUGAGCUGUGAUGAACUUGUUUUAAAUUGUAUUUAUAAAUUGUUCUGAUUCCUGCCUAAACUCAUCAUUUCAUGUUGUUAUUAGAAUUAUACUUCAUUUCUGUUCUAGAUCCCUGUAGAUGUGUUUUGAAGAGAACACACAAGAACUCUAUUGUUCACUCUUCAUUUUGUAAAGUUGAAUAAACACACUCGAUCUUUA